CUUAAUCAAUGUCAUUGUCACCGAAGAGCAAAUCGUUAACCAAUCGUGUUUACAUACUGAAUGUUUUGAAAGUUAUUCGUAUUAAAAAAAAAAAACAGUUAUUCCUUAAGUUUUAUAAUAAAACUAUUACUAAAAAAUGUUAUCUAAAUAUUACAAAAACUUGUUACUAAUGAGCAUUUCUCUGGCUUUUGUUUCACAUCUGGCAUAUAAAUAUUUUAAAAAGAAGAGAAAUAUGAGACGAGAAAUUCACGAAGUUAUAAUGUUCUCUAAUGGCACUGGCGAGUUGAAGAAAAGCAAAUAUUCGCGCUGCAUGAUAUCGAAAAGUAUGGACAGGUUGUUAUACUACUUAAAUACUCCUCGACAUAGUUUGGACAUUUGUAUGUAUGUUCUGACUAAUUUGGAUUUAACGAAUGCAGUUCUUAAGAUGCAUUAUAGGGGUGUUAAGAUUAGGUUAAUAAUUGAUGCCGAUAUGGCAUAUUGUUCUGGCUCAAAUGUAAGAAGAUUGGAGAAACAAGGGAUACCAGUUCGUUGGAUGAAGUCAACUAAUCUGAUGCAUCAUAAGUUUGUUUUAAUUGACACGUUAAAUGAUGAUGAUAUGACGACACCGUUAGUCAUAAUGGGGUCCCUGAAUUGGACCAAUCAAGCAUUGUGCGGUAAUUGGGAAGAUGUGGCAGUAACUUCACAAAUGGAAUUGGUGGAGCAAUAUAGGGCAGAAUUUGAAAGGCUAUGGAUAUUAUUUAAACCUGUACUAUUGUAGAUAAUUUAUUUAUUAAUUAGGUUAUUAAGACAAUAAUCAUUGUACAUAACAAACCAUUGAUGAGACAUAAAUUGCUUGUAACAAGCAGUUUAUAGUUUUUGUUUUACUUUGUGAUAGAUCACAUCCUACAAAUAACAUUACACAUUUGGUGUAAUGUUGGCCACAAUGUUAAUUAUACAUGUGUUUUUAUUAAAGUAGGGUUGCCAUUUGUUUACUAUACUGUCCUCAUUUGAAAAUUCAUCAGGAUUUACUUGAACAGAGUAGUUUCUUAACUGAAGUUAUCACACUAGAAUGGCUUAUGAAAACUAAUAUCAGAUUACCUGAUUUUUUAUCUAAAAAAUCUCAGGUUUAUGAGUUUCUUGUCUCAAUUUGGUGGUUUUACAAAUAGCAACUCUAUAAUUAUAAUCUGUGUGAUUAUGGGUGUAAAGGUCAGAAGACCUGUUUCUGUGUAAGUAUAUCACAAAAGUUAACACAACAGGGUAUAGUUUGAAGGAUUACUUCUUUACAAGGAAAGCAAAACUUCUACAUUUUAAUGGUGCAUUUUUUCAAAAGAAAAAAUAUAAAACAGUGAUUUGAUAGUAACAUAUAAUUAAAGCUAUCUUUAAUAUCAUUAUUAUGAAUUAUGAUGUUUGAGGAUGGUGGUUUACUCUUUAUACAAAAAGACCAUUGACAAAAAGGUGAUGUCCUGUCUACUUUGUUUUUGACACUACAGAUAUGUAAUCCCAAAGUAAUUAUAGAUACGCCACAUGAAUUAAAUAGUAAAUAAAGAUAUUAAAUUUUUCAACUCUGCACACUUCAUCAGUAACUAUUAAAUUCAUUUUAUCCAUUUGUUACUCUAGCACUAUUGUAGAACAUGUUAUUUAUAGCUUACAGCUGGAUAAUCAAUCAAUCAAUCAAUCAAUGAUCUUUAUUCAUAUACAUCUGUUACAGAUACUUAUGAUACGUCAGUCUAUAAUUAUAAUAAUUACUAUAGAAAAUAAUAUUGAUUUAAGAAAAAAUGCAAUAAUUACAUUUACAAUACAAUUCACAUUAAUACAAAAUUCAAAUCCAUGCAGUUUUGUCAUUUAAAUACUUUUGCUACUGUUCCCCCAUAUGAGAUAGUUCUCUGUACCUCAACGUAUAAUAGAAUUUUAUAUAUUGUACAAAAUAUGUCUGUUUUAUAUUGGGGUAACUAUAUCAUAGAAUACCUUAAUAGAUACUCAUAUCUAUACUGUUACUAAAUGUUAAUUUUCUGUUGGACCUUUAUAUUUGUUGCAGACUUUAUGUUUUGUACUCAGUAUGGUUUUAUAUAAUAUGAUUUUUAAUUAGUGCAAGUGUAAGAGAUUUUACGAUUUAAAAUUUUAUUUUUAUUAAAAUACAAUGUAUUUGUUUUUGGAUCUCCAAGCCUUUAUGGAUAAAUGACUAUUUUUAGGAUAAAAUAAGUAGAAUUAGAUAAGAAUUGGAUAAGUUGCAUAAAAAAAAUGUUCACAUGUUUAAAUUACCUAACUUGAUUGUUACCAGAACAAAAUAAUUAUUAUUUUUAGGGGAUUUUGGUUGUAUCCCUACUUUGUUAGUGAUAAAUGAUACAUAGAAUACAACCUUAAAGGCACUAAGGUUAACAUUUAUAUAUAACCUAACUAAACAUAUUGUACAGACUGAAUUUAUAGAUAUGAAGAAAUUUCGAAAAUUAUGUAUUAAUACCAAUAAAUAUUUAAAUUUUUUAUAGUUGAGAAUUUUUGUAUUUUCCUGUGGUUUUUUAUCUAUACAAAUCUAAUAUAGUGGAAGAGUUUAUUUGAAUGCAUUAAUCUAUGGAAUUAUCAGUCAGACUUGGAAACUUCUUUUUGAACUUGACACCUAAUUUCUUAAGGAAGAUUAUAAACUAUUCAACGUCAUAAUAUAAUCGCGAAAGAAGCCACGAGAUACAACUCGUGUUAUAAAAGAUCAAUCUCUGCACCAUGACAAAAUUAAUACAGGAAUAAAACUUUCCACUUAAAUUACCUUUAAGGCAAUAAAAUUAGUAUGGACCCAAUAAUAAUACGGGAAUAAACCCUAUUGAUUGCAAAAGUGUAAGCAAAAUCGAUCGAAAAUAUUGUGAAAAUGUCAACUAUGGAGUAUAAUAAGUAUAUAAAAAUUAAAAGCAAAAAUUGUACUUGAUUAAAUAGAACGAAAUAAAAAAUUCAAAAUUUUAAUUUUCAAUUUUAGGUUACGAAUACUUGACUAGGAUCGAAUAUUUAAUAUUUGACUAGGUGAAAAUUCCCUUCCUAAACUUGGUUCUAAUGGUAAAUUACAUAUGUUUUAAUUCUCGUUACGUCACUGUGCGUGUUACAGCUAAAAUUUUUCUAUUUUAUUGUAUUUAGGUACAUAAGUACUACAUAUUGAGUUCAUUAUUUUUAAAGUCCUCUAACAAUCAUAACCUUGGCUUAUAUAGGUAAAGUGGCG